GGUUAUCGUUGUGGAGAGGGUUUCUACGGGUUUUUACGGGUUUCUACGGGUUUUCUCUCUGCCAGCAGGUAGCCAAGAUGUUGGCCGUCCUGUCUGUGCUGCUUUUAUACCUUUGCAGCCCGGUCUGCGGUGUUUUUCAGAAGCUUUACUGCAGCAUUUCAGACAGCUGCGACUGCGACUUUAAGCCCAACAUCAGAGACCUGGAGUGGGACCUCUACAAGAAUGUGUACGGGCAACAUCUGGCCCAGGACAUCGUGUCAGAGGAGGUGGGGAGGUUCCUUCAGAAUAAAAACCCCGACCGGCCCCUGGUGCUGUCCUUCCACGGCUCCUCCGGGACGGGGAAGACGCUGGUCAGCUCCAUGCUGGGAAACCACCUGUACGGCUCGGCCAUGAGCAGCCCGUACGUCCACCAGUUCAUUCCCACGCUGCACUUCCCCUUACCCAACCGGGUCAAGCAGUACAGGGAGGAGUUGAAGAGUUGGGUGCAGGGGAACCUGACGGAGUGCGCUCGCUCCGUCUUCUUAUUUGACGAGAUGGAGAAGAUGCCUCCGGGGCUCAUCGACGUCCUGGAGCCCUUCCUCGGCCCCUCCCACGUUGUGUUUCGCACCAACUACCGCAAGGCCAUCUACGUCUUCAUCGGCACCACAGGAGAGGAGGUGAUCAACAGAAAGGCUCUGGAGAGCCGGCAGGCCGGACGGGACAGAGAGGAGAUCAGGUCCUCUGACUUACAGGAAGCCAUCGCACGGGCCGUUUACAACAGCUCAGCAAGCGGGUUCUUCCGGUCCGGCAUCAUAAAGCAGAAGCUCAUCACGCGCUUCGUCCCGUUCCUGCCGCUCUGCCGGCGCCACGUGGAGCGCUGCGUCCAAUCACAGCUCUGCCAGCGGGGCAGCUGCGGCCGCGGCGACGUGGUGGAGGCGGUCGGCGGCGACAUGACCUACGCCCCCGUCAAGGGACACUACUUCUCCACCACCGGCUGCAAGGCCGUCCCCGCCAAAAUAAACCUCUUCCUGUGAGCAGAGGAAGAGAACUCUUUUAAAGAUGGAAACGGGGGGGAACACUUCUUCUGGAGGUAAGUCAGUGAGGAGGAAACAGAUCUCAAAUCAGUUUCUCCCACCAUGGAGGUCAGAGCAGCAGCCCACUGCACUCAGGGGGGAAUUGAACGCUGUCAAUGCGGAGGGUCCCUGAAGGCAUCAUCGGUCCACGUCCAGCUGUGAGCGCAGGAGAGUUUAUUCCCUGAGCAUCAGUCAGUCUGAACCAGGAGUCAUGUGACGCUCUACCUCAACUCCUCCUUUCAUUUAUGAACUCUAGAGUCUUAGCUGCCAUCACUUUAUUUAUUCAGUAUUUAUUGCUUUUCUCCACACCAUCCUUUCACUUUGAUACAGUCCCGCUGGUCCAUUCCCAGUUCACCCACAGGUGGAGGUUUGGUGCUGACUGACAGCAGUAGAAAGCAGCAACGCCUCUUAUUCUCAUUAUGCUGAUUUUUGUUUGGGAGCGUCACUAAAAAGGGAUUCAAUGUUUUUUUUAAUGUUUUUGUCAAAGUCUGAAUGUUUCAAUUUGUGGGGUAAAAAUCUAAUAUUUCCAGCGUGCAGCAGUUUAACAGGGAGUAUAAAUACAUCUCCCAAGAAAAUGAGUGUUUCAGAUGGAUUAUUAGAAGAAGACAUUUCACUUCAACACUGAAUGAUUGGGAUAUAAUUCAGGUGAGAUUGGAGAAAGCACGUUGUUUUCAUCACCAUGGGCGCUGAACCAAAUUUUAUAAACAUAAUUUAACAAUAUACAAUAUUUCAAAUGAUAUCUAGCAUUACAUAUCCUUAAAUAUGAACCCAAUUAUCAUUACAUUAUCAGCAGCUGCACUCAGUGUCUUCACAAUGUCCACAAGUAUUUCUCUUUUUUUAGAAGUGGAAGAAAUCUGCAGCUCAAUUUUACUUGAAAUUAGUUUUGCUUCUGUCCUGCAGCUUUUUUUUAGAGCACAUCAUCAGUUCUGCCACUAGGGGGCAGUAAAGGCUUAAUUUAGCCCAUAAGAGGAAGAGGUGAAGCAGAGUUCACCUGCAGCUCAGUGCAUUUUAACUGCGAUAGGAUCUGUAAAAAACAAAGUUUGUGUCAUAAGUGUAACUUGUAUUGUAAAGAAGUUUCCUGUGUGUUCAAACACACUCAAAGUGCACUUUAAUUCUAUGAAGAUGAAUAUGGACCUGAUGUAUUUUUGAGACUCACUCUGCCUUUGUGAAGGCAAGGUGUGUGAUGAGAAGUCAGUAAGCUGAAAAGAAUACUUUUAAUUUCUGAAAUAUUGCCAAGAGUUUGAAUUGUUUACAACUUAUUAAUGAUUGUAAUGAUUUGUUGUGUGCGUGAAGACCUGCAGCAAGACCUACAAGUCGAGACAAUUCAAAUGCAAGAAAAUCAUGUUUAGCUGAAUUAACAAGUAGAGUACAUGAGGAGGAUUUUCUCACAGACGCAUAAUAGUCAGAAGUCUGUAGCUCACAGUUCAUCUUUACUGUGCAGUCAGUGUUGUUAAAAGAGAAAUCCACUGAAUAUUGAUCAACUAUUUAAGAUUUAUUUUCCCUUUUUUUCUGCAAGCUUUUGUUUUCAGUUGUAUUUUCUACUCUGUUUAAUUUUUUUAAUGAAAUUGCAGAGACCUUAAAGUUGUUGAACCUGUACUGUACACGGAGAAGACUGCCUGUUAACUCCCACCAGACUCCAUUCAAAUAUCAGUGUUUUUUAGUAUGUAGGUUUCAGGACAGUAAGAGUAUUACUGGUGAUAAUCAAACUCCUUACCCUGCCAAUAAAUUCCUUUUAAAGCCACAACAAUCGCUACCAGAGGCGGACAGUAUUUGUAGGAUUGUUUGUGUCUUUUUUUGGAUGAUUGCACAGUCUUAUGAACCACAAAGUUUCCAAGAUUCAGCCAGUGAAGUGCCUGGAUGUUGGUGAAGUCUGGUACUACAAAAUAAAGUUUAAACG